GCUCAGAGGUUAAGAGCACUGACUGUUCUUCCAGAGGUCCUGAGUUCAAUUCCCAGCAACCACAUGGUGACUCACAACCAUCUGUAAUGAGACCUGGUGCCCUCUUCUGGCUUGCAGGAACACAUGCAGGCAGAACACUGUAAACAUAAUAAAUCUUUAAAAGAAAAAGAAAAAAAAAGAAGAAAAAGAAAAAUUUAAGAAUUAGAGAUUGCUGGGUGUGAUGGCACACGCCUUUAAUCCCAGCACUCAGGAGGCAGAGGCAAGUUCCAGGACAGCCCAGACUAUGUAGAGAGACCCUGUCUCAAAAAUAAAUAAACAAGUAAAUAAAUAAAUUCGAAAUUAGAGAUUGACCAUGCAUCCUCUGAUUCUAAAAUUGGAGUAUGUUUUCCACUUUAGUGAGGGAGAAAAUCAGAAUAUGAUUGCCAUCGUGGAGCUUCAUUACCAGUGUCCCCACGCGUUUCCUGUGUGGGGUAGCAGUAGAUGUACUGUAACCCUCUCCUUCUGGGAGAUCAAGGAGGAUCACCCCGGGUUUGGAGAACAGCGGAAGACUGGAGGCAGGAAAUAGACGGCUGGCUCCCCCAGCCUUACGAGCCAGCCCGGAGCCAGCCCAAAGGGCUGAGCAACCACUCAGGAUCCCUGAGGCUCAGAAGGAUUGAGCACCUGCUUCUGUGUGCCAACAGCCUCAGGCUUAGCUGUUGGGACUGUAUCACCUGCAGCCUGAACAGCCAAGAAACACUGGCAGCUAAAAGGCUGAAGGAGACUGAGAAAUCCGGGCCCUGGGAUCCUCCUCCAUCUGCUGGCGGCCUUUGGGAGCACAGCGCUCCCACGGUGCCGGUCUACAGGGAACACCCUCUGCAUUUUUCUUUCCUGACUCUGUGGCUCUGCUCUCACCCCUGAUUACCUGUGUGCCCUCCCUUCCCCACAGAUAGAAACAAUCCCCUCGCCUGCCUCCCUACCCUUGGCGGGUGGUUCUCCUGAGGCAUAAUCACAGAACUUCUGGGCCGGGACCCCCUGUGGGGUGCAGGCUGGGGUGCCCUGAUGGUAUGUGUCCCAACAGGUUUUUCUCUAUCAACCUUGAAAUCAGCCUGGAGCCUGCCUGACCUACAUUCCCCUUGUCCCCCCCCCUCCCCUUUACCCCCAGGGAGUUGGAGUCAGUGGUAGGGCCAGGUCAGAAGCAAGACGGGAGGCUAGGUUUCUGCGGUCCCAAGCUGGCCCCGCAGGGAAAGCAACGCACAAAGCCUCUUGUGUCCUUGGCUGAGUUGAGAGACUGAGCAGAGUUCAGUGGCGUGGGUUAAGGGCCAGUUCCUGGGAGGAGAGAUGCUGGGCAGGGAGGUGUUUGCUGGUAGACCCUGUACAGCCUGGUCCUCUCCCACGUCUGGGAGGGGCUGGAGUCAGAGACAACAACUGGGCUGGUCCGCAAGGGAGGUCAUCUGGCUGGCUGCUCAGCCCGGGCUCCUCACUCCUCUCCACCACCAGGCUACACAGGAGCUGGUGCCCACAACGGCCACAACACCCACCUCACCUCUAGCACCUUUGGGGGAAGCCAGUUGAACUAUGUCUGUGAGCAGCGGAAGAAUGGGCGCAUCCCUGACCCAGGAGAUCCUCAGCUCCCUGGGCCUUGCCAACAAGACUGCAGCUUGGGGGACCCUGGGCACCCUCAGGACUUUCCUGAGCUUCAGUGUGGACAAGGAUGUUCAGAAGCUGCUGAAGGCCAUUACAGGCCAAGGUGUGGACCACAGCACCAUUGUGGAGGUACUGACCAAUCGGAGCAGAGAGCAGAGACAGCUCAUCUCUCGAGCCUUCCAAGAGCGAACCAAACAGGAUCUAUUGAAGUCUUUGCAGGCGGCACUCUCUGGCCACCUCGAAAAAAUUGUGGUUGCCCUCCUACAACCCGCAGCCCAGUUUGAUGCCCAGGAACUGAGGACGGCCUUGAAGGCCUCGGGUUCUGCUGAGGAUGUGGCCUUGGAGAUCCUGGCCACCCGAGCAGCGCCCCGACUGCAGGAGUGUCUGGCAGUAUAUCAGCACGAUUUCCAGGUGGAGGCUGAGGAAGAUAUCAGAACUGAGACCAAUGGCAUCUUGCAGGACCUGCUCCUGGCCCUGAGCAAGGGGGGCCGUGAGAGAUACUCUGGAAUCAUUGACUACAACUUGGAAGAACAAGAUGUCCGGGCACUCCAGCAGACCGGAGGAUCCAGUAUGGCAGGUCAAUGGGUCCUGAUCUUUACACAACGGAGUCCUGAACACCUUAUCCGAGUAUUUGAUCAGUAUCGGAGAUGCACUGGGCAAGAGUUGGAGGAUGCUAUCCGGAACUGUUUCCAUGGAGAUGCUCAGCAGGCUCUGCUCAGCCUCGCUUCCAUAAUGAGAAACACAGCCCUGUACUUUGCUGACAAACUUCACCAAGCCCUUCAGGAAACUGAGCCCAAUUUCCAAGUGCUGAUGCGAGUCCUCAUCUCCCGAAGCGAGACUGAUCUUCUAAGCAUUCGGGCCGAGUUCAAGAAGAAAUUUGGGAAGUCUCUGUAUUCUUCUCUCCAGGAUGCAGUCAGAGGGGAUUAUCACUCAGCCCUACUGGCCCUGUGCAGAGCUGAAGACAUUUGAGACCUUUUGGAUCCACCCUGACAGGACAUUCAAGAGUCUGAGAGUCCCAUAUUUGGUUGAAUACAUGGGAGACUCCCAAGGAACCCCA